AUAUCUCACUAUAAAAGCCAGAAACCAUAAAAACCAGAAACCAAUAUCUCCCGUUUCCCUUCCGCAACCGCAAUCCGAAUAACGCGAGCGAUGGUGCCAAAGGUCGGAUCGUUCCGAUACAACUUCGCCGAGAAGAGCAAAGAGAGGCUCCUCUCUCAGAAAGGGAUCGGCGCCGAUUUUUUAUUCGACGACGAUGAUUACUCCAGGUCGAAGUGGUCGUGCUUCCGUCGGUUCAGCGAUUGGGCCGCCCGAUCGUGGAACCGGUCUAUCGAGACUGUGGUCAAAGCGUGGGAGUUUGGACGGUCGGAUCCACGGAAGUUCAUCUUCUCUGCCAAGAUGGGGUUGGCCCUCGUUAUUAUAUCUCUUCUCAUCUUCCUGAAAGAGCCCUUCAAGGAUCUCGGCCGUUAUUCGGUGUGGGCCAUCCUUACUGUUGUCGUCGUCUUCGAAUUCAGCAUCGGAGCGACUUUUAGCAAAGGAUUUAAUCGGGGAUUAGGGACAUUAUCGGCAGGUGGGCUUGCUCUUGGUGUUGCAGAAUUAUCCAUUUUGGCUGGAAAAUACGAGGAAGUUAUGAUUAUUGUCAGCAUCUUUGUCGUAGGAUUUUGCGCGACUUUCGCUAAACUGUACCCAACGAUGAAGCCAUACGAAUAUGGGUUCCGUGUUUUCUUGCUGACUUUCUGUUUCAUUAUGGUGUCCGGGUAUCGGACAAGGGAGUUUAUCGAAACGGCAGUAACUCGUUUCUUGCUCAUAGCUAUUGGUGCUGCUAUUUCUUUGGGUGUGAAUGUAUUGAUCUACCCCAUUUGGGCAGGCGAGGAUCUGCACAAUUUAGUGGUGAAAAAUUUCAUGGGCGUUGCCAACUCAUUGGAAGGCUGUGUUAAUGGAUACCUUCAAUGCAUCGAAUAUGAGAGGGUCCCUUCGAAGAUUCUUACGUACCAAGCUUCGGAUGAUCCUCUCUACAGCGGCUACAGGUCUGCUGUAGAAUCUACAAGCCAAGAGGAUACUUUGCAAGGUUUUGCUAUAUGGGAGCCACCGCAUGGCCGAUUUAAGAUGUUAAGAUAUCCUUGGAAGAAUUACGUUAAAGUAAGCGGUGCACUGAGGCAUUGUGCAUUUAUGGUCAUGGCAUUGCAUGGGUGCAUACUUUCAGAGAUACAGGCUCCUGCUGAAAGGAGACACGUUUUCAGCAGUGAGAUGCAGAGGGUUGGCAAUGAAGGCGCCAAAGUUCUGCGGGAGCUGGGAAACAAAGUCAAGGUUAUGGAGAAAUUGAGUCCUGGAGACAUCCUCCUACAGGUCCAUGAGGCAGCAGAAGAGCUACAAAAGAAGAUAGAUCGUCGAUCUUAUCUCCUUGUCAACUCAGAGAGCUGGGAGAUUGGGAAUCGGGCUGAGAUAAUCGAAAACACUAAUGACGUUCUCAAUAUGAUGGAUGAUGAUAACAAACAACGCCUUGGGCUGAAGUCCUUAAGCGAAACUGUGCUCAAUUUGGGAUCAGUUCCGCUGUCGAAGAGCUGGGAUGUCCGCAACUCCAACAUGGGUGUUUACUCCUCCCACCCUCCCGUUGGUUCUUCUGAAGAAGCAACGCUCGAAACACAGAUAUCAUGGCCUGCAAGGAGGUCGUUUCAUUUAUAUCCGGUGCCCACUGAAGACGAAUCGAAAACCUACGAAAGUGCAAGUGCGUUGUCUUUGGCAACAUUCACUUCGCUUUUGAUUGAAUUUGUGGCAAGGCUUCAAAAUCUUGUUGAUUCUUUUGAGGAGUUGAGUGAGAAGGCCAAAUUUAAGGAGGCUGUUGAGGAACCGGCAUCUGAGACGGUUGGAUUUUGGACCAGAUUGAGUCGGUACUUGAGAUUCAAAGAUUGAAAGCGAAGAUUGCAGGAUCCAGAUCGUUGGUCGCAUAUGAGGAAUUUGAAUGGAAUAAUUGGCGAGCCAAGCAUAUGGGGGUCAUGCAUGGGCCUGACUUCAACGCUCACUGAGAAUCAAACUGCACGUACUUACACCACCCAAAAGGACUGGGUGGGGAUUCCAGCACAUCUGGAAAUGGGGCUUUGAAAUCCUAAUUGAAAAAUGCUGGGAUUCCUGCAUGGUCUUUGGAUGGCCGGAUCUAGGUGCGCACUGGAUCCAUUUUUCUACAGAAGUGGUAGGAUAUGAAAUCCUGUCUGGCAGUGCGUUAUGCAAUAUACGCUUAUACAAACUUGAUGGGUACUGGCAGGGGUGCAUCAGCCUGUAAUUCUCAUCGUUUGGUGGCUGGGAGGAUGGCUGCUAUCUGCUGAGGGUGGAAUUCUACUGAUUGCUGCAAAAGAGGUAAAUGGAAGAGUUCUAGUGCAUGUAUUUAUCAUUUCAUUACAUGAGUUGAAUGACAUGAUUCUGCUCUCUGGCAAUUAUUUUUUUAUUUUGCUUCCUAAGGUAAUGUGGGGCCUAUGGUCUAUUGAACCAAACGGUUGGAUAUGAUGGCCCUCAUUGUAGAUGGGAAGACCCUAAGGAAACGUUUCUAGAUUGCAUGAUCCCAACCCUUUGAUAUCGUGUGGCUUAUAAAUAGAUGGUUAACAGAACAAAAUACACCCCAGGUUCAAAAUAGAUGGAAGGCAAGUAUCUGAAGGUUGGGAUGUGGAUUUCUUGGUGAUUUCUGAUGAGUCACCAGCCCACAUUAGGUUUUAUCGGACCGACAGUUUGGAUCUUGGGCUGUACCAGGGAAACUAUUGUCCAUUUAUUAAAAUGUAAUUCCUCUCAUGUUUCUUGUA